UAAUGCCAUCAAUUCCAAAAAUUCUGGAGACAGCAACAGAGUACAAAUCUAUCGUUAAGUUUCUUCAAGCAAAAAUUAUAUCUGAAGAUCUUCAACAAAAUCAUAUAGCAAAAUCCAACUUUAUUCAUCGUUGUAAAAAAUUUGAAUUAGAUAAAGAUGAAUUUCUAUAUACUCGGGCUAUUAUAAAAGAUGAAGUGAUUAAGCCAACCAUCGAAGCCAUCACAAGACAUUUUCUGCCAUUUCAGAGCACCAUAUCGGAAUUACUCAAGAAGAAGUUCAAGCUUACGUAA